AUCACGUGUACACAAUCUGCACAAAAAAUCUGUUUUCUGAAUUCAAUAUGUUGUGCACGUCUGCAUAUAACACUAACCGUUAAACUGUCAAUGGUGGCACAAGGUACACUAUAACAUAUUUCGACAGCUACGUAUUUUCUGAAAAUCUGUUUUAAGAAACACGCAAUCGGUCGCGUUGCAUUUUUGGAAAACGAUCGGAGUUUAUAGUCUAAAGAUUUCUCAGUGAAUACAACAUAUCAACUUGAACAAGUUCUCAAUGAUAAAGGCACAGAUCAGUACUGUUCCGUGUCAAGAUUAAACCAUGGACUAUGGAACAAAUGUAAAGCCCGAUUCAAUUCGAAAACUUCUGCAACAUCAGGUGGCAGAACAAAGCAAGGUCUGCGAUGUUACGCUGAAGUCUGGGAGAUGGACAAAGCGGUACCAUCUUCAUGUUUUAAUGGAAAGCCCAUUCUUUCAGCAGGCGUUUCGCAACAACUUUCAAGAGCGUCAUUGUGGUGCGGUUGAAUUGCACAUCGGAUCGCCGAGAACAAUUGACAUGGCGAUUAUGUAUUUGUAUGGAAUUUGUCCGGAACUAAAUAUGAACAACAUAGCACAAUUGCUCGAUCUAGCUGAGUUCUUUUUACUACCAAACUUGAAAAUGCUUUGUUUUACAUGGCUUCAAAAAGUGGAAUUAUUAGAAGUGAAUGUUGUUGACGUUUUACACUUGUGUUCGAUAUACGAGUUGAACAUUCCAGGAGUAGAACUAUUCAUUGAGCAAAGAUUAUUAACGCUCUUAAAAGGGGAUCAUUUGCUGACGCUGUGUUCAGAAUCAGUGGCGAAUUUGUUUUCUGAUCAACGACUCUCGUACGUGCCGCAUGCUUUAAAGCUUAAGUUUAUAUCUCGAUGGAUAAGAAAAAGACAAAAUGCUAGAAUGGAUCAGGUUGCCAAAUGUAUGACUUUGAUUGACAUUCCUCGAAUGAUUCAAGAGCAAAGACAACCAUCUAAUCAACAGGAAAAUUGUCUGUUAUAUUCGCCAAGCACGGGUGUCUUGAAAUUGCUGGCAUAUUCUUUCAUUGCUAGAAAAUGGUACAAGUUAUUAGUUUCUGCUGAAUUGAAAAGGACACAAUUCUGCAAAGAUAAAAUGUCUAUGGAUGGGUGCCAUUUAAUUACUUAUAACGACGAAGAGAACAUUUUAAUAGCACAUGACCUAGACAAAAAUAAAUCAAAACACAUUGCAGUAGAAUACUUCAAACCAUUUUUUAAGAUAAUAUCUAGUAAACUUGUAGUAAAAAACGGCUUAUGUUAUUUGAUCCAAACUGAAAGAACCAAAAGUUAUAACAGCAAAUCAACUCUGUUGAUGGGUCAUAUAACACCCCUCUGUAAUGAACUGCACUUAAAUUCACUGCUAUUCUUUAAUGGAGACGUUUUAAAAUGGUGUGUGAAUUCGUCAAACUUGGUUGCCAUACUGACAAGGGCCAGUAUAAGUACCAAACCAUACCAUGCGGCAACUUUUUUUUAUAAUUUACUAGUAUACGAUUCAUCGUCAUCGACGCGUUUUGACGUUACACAUCUUAUAGAAGACAAACUAUCGGACGAAGUUGAGCUGUAUGGCAUAGAUCAAGGAUUCGCAGUUCUUAACGGCUGUCAUAUUAGCAUUGUAAUGCCUCAACAUGGUCCAAAUGCUAUCUCAGGAUUUGUUAUGAUGUAUAUCCAACGUGAAAUGGAUGUUUUGUAUUCCUUUAUUGACAAUAAGUGUUAUAAAUAUUCAUUAAGAGACUUGCAUCAUACACUGGAAGAAACCAACGUCAGCGAUUUACUUGAACAUUACGCUAUACCAACGAAAUGGCAGAUGAUCCCAAUGCCAGAAGGUCUACCUUUUAAUUCAACUUACUUUAAAAAACUUGUGCAUAUGAGCUUACAAAACACAACGCUGAGGUGCCACUUCAAUUGCCCACACUGUGAGCUGUUAGACGGGGAAGCUAAAGAGCGUACUUUAACAGACAAGUCGCUUCAUUUGCAGACAAGCACGGAUUCCGACACUGAGGAUGAUGAUGAUUUUAGAGACAAGUCGCAAGAUUUGCAGACGUGCAUUGAUAGUUCCACGUGUUCCGACACUGAUGAUGAUGAUGAUUUUCUUCAGCAACUUAUCAGUAACAACUAAUAAACGUACUAACUAUUUAAAGUACAAUUUUGAUUUGUAUGAAAUGAACAUGUUUGACAUUUGAAUUUUUUACACUGCAUAUUUAAUAUGACAAAGAUUAUACGCGUGCACGUUUUAUUCGCUCCAAUAUAAUACCCAGCCAGUGACGUUUCCCAAAUUUAAAAAGCAUACUUCAAAAUAGUUCGUUAUUGUUAUAAUAUUUUGGUUUGGAAUGUAGACUAUUGCUGAAAUAAUACCUAAACAUA